UAUGCAUAUAUAGGCCGUCCUUUUCACAGCUCUAACGCCUCCUCUCUCUCUCUCUCUCUCUCUCUCUCUCAGAGCCCAGCAUUCAACACAAUGGUGCUGCUGCCCCUUCUACUUCUCUCCCUUCUCUUCGCUGUCUUCCCAGAUCUCUCCCACGCCCUGCCCUCCGCCGUCGCCGGAGCUGAUUACCUCAUUAAGCUUCCGCUGCUGCACCAGGACCCAUUGCCAUCCCCCUCCCAAGCCCUCUCCUCCGACGCCCGCCGCCUCGCCGCCCUGCACCACCGCAGCAAGACAGGUCCCCACCUCCCGGUCACCUCCGGCGCUUCAACCGGCUCCGGCCAGUACUUCGUGGAUCUCCACGUCGGAAACCCUCCCCAGCGCCUCCUGCUGGUGGCGGACACCGGCAGCGACCUGGUGUGGGUUGCCUGCUCCGCCUGCCGCAACUGCAGCUCCCACCCGCCCGGCUCCGCCUUCUUGGCCCGCCACUCGGCCUCGUUCUCUCCCCACCACUGUUUCGACUCGGCGUGUCGACUCGUCCCCCAUCCCAGCCGCGUGCCCUGCAACCGCACUCGCCUCCACAGCCCCUGCCGCUACGAGUACUCCUACUCCGACGGAUCCAAGACCAGCGGCUUCUUCUCCACCGAAACGGCAUCGUUCAACACCAGCUCCGGCAGCGAAGUGCAGCACCAGGGAUUGGCAUUCGGAUGCGGAUUUCGGAUCUCCGGGCCGAGCGUCACGGGCCCGACAUUCAACGGGGCAAACGGCGUAAUGGGCCUGGGCCGGGGGCCCAUCUCUCUGUCGUCCCAACUGGGCCGCCGAUUCGGCAACAAGUUCUCGUACUGUCUCAUGGACUACACCAUCUCCCCGCCUCCGACGAGCUUUCUCUUAAUCGGCGGCGACCAUAACGGCGUCGUAUCGGGGAAACCUGGAUUAAAUUACACUCCAUUGCAAAGCAACCCUCUAUCUCCCACAUUUUACUACAUUGGGAUUCAGAGCGUCUCCGUUGGCGGUGCGAAAUUACGGAUAAACCCUUCCGUUUGGGCCAUCGAUGACGCCGGCAAUGGAGGUACGAUCGUCGAUUCGGGGACGACGCUGACCUUCUUACCCGACCUGGCUUACCGCAAGAUCGUAGCCGCAUUUAACCGGCGCGUCACGUUACCGUCUCCAGCCGAGCCGACUCUGGGAUUCGAUUUUUGCCUCAACGUGUCAGGCGUGCGGAGACCGAGUCUACCCAGGCUGAGUUUGAAGCUCGUGGGCGGCUCGGUGUUCUCUCCUCCGCCCCGGAACUACUUCGUGGACACCGCCGACGGCGUGAAGUGCCUGGCGGUACAGCCAGUGGCGUUGGCGGGGGGAUUCUCGGUGAUCGGCAACUUGAUGCAGCAAGGGUUCUUGUUGGAGUUCGACAAAGACCGGUCAAGACUCGGCUUUUCACGGCGCGGCUGUGCCCUACCUUGACUCCGAGUGUUACAAUCAAUUAUUCGGAAUUUUAAAUUUUCAAUUACUACCACGAUUAAUUGUUAUUUUUAAUUAUUGGUUAUAAAGUGGAUAAUAUAUUUAAUUUUAUAUUUAUUAAUGCUUUUUAAAAAAAGUGGACAACUCAGAAAGAGGCUGAAGUGUAAGUGAAAACUGAAAAGAGAACGUGAGGCAUUUUUGUUUGGACGCUGCUUUGGAGUUCAGUUUUUCACGUGAAAUUUUCUUGUGGGUUGUGACCGGCUGGCUGGCUGGCUCUGUUGUUUGUUUUACUAUUUCUUUCAAAUUAAUUUUUAUCUUCUCCUCUCC